CUGCCCUGACCCCGAGACUCAUAUCCAUCAAAAGCUAAUCACUUGUCCCCGCAUUUUAUUCCAAGAUUCACUCCAGGCGCCUGGGAUCACGGACCAUUGCGUCUCCUCUGGCUUAAGAUUUUCUCUCUCUGCCUAUUUAAUAGGAACUGCGAUAUCGAGCGCGACAGUCAAGAUUUCAAUAGCAAUGGUGGAUUCAGAUCCCGUCCCCUCAUCAUCUCCUGGAUUUGGAACUCCCGCACACCCUCUCCGAAAGAGCAGGCUCAAUGCGCUACCUACAAGGACAUCGAUCCUCCCUAUAUUACUUCCUUCCUCCACUCUUCGCCCUGUAGCCUUCCGUACAUUCACGCGAAAGCACAACCUGACAAUUUCGUCCUCUGCGCUUCAAACCCUGUCAACCUUCGUUGGAAAGAACUGUGGUUCGGGAUGGCGCGAAGAUGGGCUUGCCGAACGGGUACUUGACGAAGUGGCCAAGAGCUGGAAAAAGGCUGGCGGUGGCGUCAUUGUCGAUGAAGGUAAAGGAGCCUCAUUGAGAGGAGUUUUACAAACCUUGGAGGGCAAUAUGAGUGGGGGGAGGGUUGUUUCCGGCAUGCACAGCUCAGCGAAUGAAGCUCCCUCGAUAAUGAAAACCACUGCUCAAGGAAAUAGACAUCCGAAUAAGGAGCCACCAUCGCGUGUUGUGGUAGCGCAACGAAGCUUGGAUUCAAUGGAGAAACCUGACGUGACUUUGCACCCGAGACAUUGGAUCAGGGUGAUAGAGGCAUUUGAUAUACCUCGAAUUAUUUAUAAUGCGGAUAAGAAAUACUUCGAAGUUGCGAGAUCGAAACCUACCCUAUUUCCACCCUCUUCCCAGAAGAUCACGCUAUUUAGAGACCGUUAUAAUGUUGUCCAUCAACGUCUGCUUCGGCACGAGUCGUUCCACUCUUCAUCAGGACCGUUAAGCGGAGGCUCGUUACGACAAUAUCUAUCCUCGGCUGCAAACCAAUGUUACCGACUCACGCCGAUUGCAAAUUUGCUCGGGAGGAAUGGCACAUCACAUCUUAUUCUUGGCCUACUUUCUCUGUCUCCAACAGGUGAUCUCACACUGAGCGAUCUGUCUGGAAGUAUUGCCCUGGAUCUCAGACAUGCACGUUUGAUACCUAAGGAUGGUGCUUGGAUUGCUCCGGGCAUGUUUGUCCUUGUCGAUGGGACUUAUGAAGAAGAAGAAAAUGUCAAGGGUUCCACACUCGGAGGCAUCUCUGGUGUUGGCGGAGCCAUAGGGGGGAAAUUUGUCGGGGUUUCUAUAUGUGGCCCCCCGUGUGAGCGACGAGAAGCAUCACUGGGUGUGGACAGCCAGCAAAGCAGCAGGGAAGUCAGUUCCAGUGGGGGCCUCGGAUGGAUUGACUUCCUGGGAGUUGGAAGUGAACGUGCACGCGGCCCACGCAUGAGACAGAUCGAGGCCCAAUAUAUACGACAUAGGCAUGAAGACAUGAAAGUCGGCCGCCGGUUAAGAAUAGCCAUCAUGAGCGAGGUGAACCUUGACAAUAUGAGGACUUUGGAUGCACUGAGGAAGGUCUUCAGCAUCUACAAUGAUUUAGAAUCGGAAGACCGCCCAAUUGUUUUCGUUCUGAUUGGAAAUUUCAUACAGAAAGCCAUUAUCAACAGCAGCGGCCAGGUGGGCAGCAUCGAGUAUAAAGAGUAUUUUGAUGCGCUGUCCUUAACAUUGUCCGAAUUUCCCUCGUUACUACAACAUUCCACUUUUAUUUUCGUUCCAGGCGACAAUGAUCCUUGGUCAUCGGCUUUUUCUUCUGGCGCUGCAUCUAUAGUCCCACGUCACGCAAUUCCUGAACUGUUUACCUCUAGAGUGAAACGUGCCUUCGCUAUGGCGAACGCUCAUUUGGAUUCUACCCAGUCAUCUGAACCCCCCGGGGAAGCAAUUUGGACGUCAAACCCUUCACGUCUUACCCUAUUUGGACCUAUCCAUGACAUUGCUAUAUUCCGAGACGACAUAUCGAAUCGAUUGAGACGUAGCGCCGUGAGCUUUUCGCACGGUGUCGACGCGACAAAAGCUGAGAAUACAACCCCUCCGAACAAAGACAUUAGUCUUCCAGAAACAAAUGAGCAGCCCGGUAAUCAGCAAACAGACGGUUCCAGUUCGGCUUCAUCUACUACUUCUUUUGCUCGAAAGCUUGUCAAGUCAAUCCUAGAUCAAGGGAAUAUGUCUCCUUUUCCACUUUCCUCGCGGCCUGUGCUAUGGGAUUAUGUGUCUUCAUUGCAACUGUAUCCCUUGCCUACGGCACUUGUUUUGGCGGAUCCGGAAGCAACACCGUUCUGUAUCACUUAUGAAGGCUGCCAUGUGAUAAAUCCUGGGAGGCUUGUUCCAGAAGGUGAGAUAUCCUCUGUCAGAUGGGUUGAAUACGAUGUCCUCAAGAAUCGAGGGAGGGUGAAGCAGGAGCGCUUCUAGGUGGCUGGAAUCCGUGGGACUGUGGGCCCCAACUCAUGAUGAAACGGGGAAUACAGACAGGGCGGUACUGAGUAGAACUGUUGUCUGAACGUGACCAUACACAUGCCAUGUGUAGGUAGACUAUGUUCCUUGAGUGCAGCGAUAGAUAUCCACACCUAGUUGCGCAAACUCCUUACACAAUUCGCAAUUGAAACAUCGUGGCUAUAUUCACAUCACACCGCAUUUUUACUUCCUUUGUGAACAUAUGCGAAGAAGACAAGAAUGUUGUCUGCUUGAUUUCCUAGGCGUCGUACAUAAAAAAAUUUACUUUCAGAAUUUGGAAGACUUACGAGGUAUAACAACUGUUGUCAUUUGAGUAUACAUUAUACAUGU